UUUUUUUUUUUUUUUUUUUGGGGGCGAACAGAGCGAGGCUGAGAAACGAAACUUGCCCCAAACCCCUCCUGACCUUUUUCCCUUUCGCUUCUCGAAAUUUCAACUUCCCGAAAGUUCAACUUCCCCGAAAUCCGGGAUGACAAAAUCCGGGAUGACAAAAUCCGGCUUGACAAAAUCCGGGAUUAUUUAAAUAAUAAUUAAAAAAAAAAAAAAAACCAAAGCGGGGAGGAAAAGGAGGAGCAGGAACUUUGGGGAGUCAAGAUUUGGGGUUUUGUAAUCCCGGCUGCCGUGGGUGGUGGGGAUUUGGGGCUCUGCCUCCAAAUGUGGGAGGGAAAGAUGGGAGGGAAAAAUUCCAGCCUCGGGAACACCGAGAAUUCCCGGAUUUCUGCGCCUCCCGGAGAUUUCUCCAGCCGGGAAUUCUCCUGCGCUGCCUCAUUCCAGGCCAUGUCCACAGCUGGAAUUUCGGGAAUUUUGGGAUCAUUGCUCCAGCUGGAGGAAACCUUCUCCUCCUGCCUGGCCCGGAUCGACGCCCUCAUCCUCAAACCUCUGCUCCAGGCAGAGCCGCAGGAUCCGAAGGAAAAGGAGAACUUCCAGCUCUUGGUGCUCCUCAAUGGUCGCUUCCAAACCCUCUGGAAUUUCACGGAGGAGAAUUCCCGGACCCUGAGGGGGAAAUCCCAGUUGGAAAAUUCCGGUUGUAUCCAGGAUUUUUACAUCCUCUGGAAAGGAGAAGUUUUCCUCAGCCUCUACAUCCAGUAUUUCGUCACCUUCGCCAACUUUGUCGUGGUCCAGGGCUUUGAGCAGGCUGCCAGGAGCAAGAGUGAGGCCUGGAAGCUGCACAAGGUGGUGCUGAAGGAAUUCCUGCGGGAUUUCACCUCGGAGAGCUCCCUGGGCCUGGCCCUGCACUUGGCACUCCACAAACCCUUCCGGGAGCACAUCCAGAGCUACCUGCAGCUCCUCUCGCAGCUCCAGGAGCAGCUCCAGGAGGGGUCAGAGCGGGAUGUGGUGGCCACUGUGGUGCAGGAAUUUGGGAAGCUGGAAUCCUUCAUUGGCCAGGUCCUGGAUGAAGCUGGCUUCACCAAGGAGCUCUGGAAAUCCCUGGGCUACAAAUUCACCGACGUGCUGUGUGUCCCGGAGAGGAGGCUCCUGGAGGACAGCAGGAACCUUCCCAUUGCGUCCGGCACCGCCCGCUCCGAGCGGCUCCUGCUCUUCGACGACGUCCUGGUGCUCAUCCAGGGAAACAGCUUCCAAAGUUUUGAUCUGAAGCUGGUAUGGGUGGAUGAAAACUGCGGAGAGAAAUCGGCUCCAGGACUGCACAGCCUACGCAUCACAACCCCGGAAGAGACGUUCGUCCUCUCCACCAAGGACCCUCAGACCAAGGCCGUGUGGCGGUGGAAGCUGGAGCAGGCCGUGCGCCAGGCGCUGAACGGGAAGCGGGAUUUCCCUCUCUGGGGCAGCAGCGGGGAAGGCAGCCAGGCCCCGUCCCGCCGCUUCUUCACCUACGUCUUCCGCAUGGAGGGACGGCUCCGCGGGGCCACCUACGAGGGAGAGUGGCUCUGGGGGAAGCCCCAUGGCAAGGGGACACUGAAGUGGCGUGAUGGACGCAACCACGUCGGGGAUUUCCAGGAGGGCCUGGAGCACGGGUUCGGGAUCUGCCUGGUGCCGCGGCGCUCCGAGGACCGCUACGACUGCUACAAGUGCCACUGGUGCCAGGGCAAGAUGAGGGGCUAUGGAAUCUGUGAGUAUGGGAAUGACCUGGUCUACAAGGGCUACUUCAAGGACAACGUGCGCCAAGGCUUUGGGAUCCUGGAGAACUUCUCGGCUGAGCAUCCCUUCAAAUACACGGGACACUGGGAAAACGACAAAAAGAACGGAUACGGAGUCUGGGAAAACAAGGAGAGAGGGGAGAGGUACAUCGGGAUGUGGUUGGAUGACCAGAGACACGGAGAAGGCAUCGUGGUGACCCAGUCAGGGCUCUGCUACCAGAGGACAUUCCAUGCGGAUAAAAUGGUGGGCUCGGGAAUUCUGCUCCUGGAAGACGACUCCGUCUACGAAGGGAACUUCACGGAAGAGCUGACAUUUGUUGGAAAGGGGAGGCUCUCCAUGGCCAACGGCUUCGUGCUGCAGGGGACGUUCAGCUCGCGCGGGGGCCGCGGGCUCAGCACCCGCGGCGUGCUCAGCACCGGCCCCGAGCCCCAGCGGCCGCCGGCCACCGACCAGCUGGGCCUCAAGGAAUUCCCCGUGGAGAAGAGAUGGACGGGAAUCUUCGAGCAGUUCCUGGAAUUCCUCCAUUCCGGCUGCAAGGAGGAAAUGGAGGAAUCCUUCACGGGAUUCCACAUCCAAACCAGCAAGGAGCUGAGGAAAUCCCAGGAAUAUCUGUUCUGCCAGAGAGGCUCUGAGGAGAUUUCUUGGAAAAUUGAGGAGAUCCUGGAAGAGCUUGUCCAGCACCAGGAGCCGGAGUCGCUCCAGAGUUAUUUGGAGAAGGCGUUGGAAUCUUCCCUGCAUCCCUUGGGAAAGCUGCUCAGGGCUCUGACCGUGGCAUUCCAGGCAACGUAUUCCGGGAUCGGGGCCAACCGGCACCUGCUGGCCAUGGCGCAGGAGGAGGUCAAGUUCUACUCCAAGAAAAUUUGGGAAUUCUACCAGGGUUUGCUCGGGCUGGCCCUGGAGCGGAAGGGCCGCGCGCCCUCGCAGGAUGCGGAUCCCAGUCUCGGGAAGGGCUCCAGCCUGGUGCUGCCGCUGAUCCUGCCUGGAUUCUAUCCUGAGCUCUCCAUGCUCUACAUGCUCCAGCACCAGCGGGAGGACGAGCUCUACUGCCAGGGAAUCGUGGAGCUCAGCCUCUUCCCGGAUAUCCAGCUCCUGGAAUUCCUGGAUGUGCAGAAGCACCUGUGGCCUCUCAAAGAUCUCACCCUGACCUCCAACCAGAGGCGCUCCCUGAUCAAGGAUAAAUGUUUCCUGUCUGCCACCGAGUGUCUGCAGAAGCUCAUCACCACGGUGGAUCCCAGGGAGAAGCUGGAGAUCCUGCGGCAGACCUACGAGGAGCUGGAGCUGACGGUGUCGCGGCUGCUGGGCGCCGAGUACCGGCUGCCCAUGGACGACCUCCUGCCGCUCCUCGUCUUCGUCGUGUCCCGGGCCAAGAUCCAACACCUGGGAGCUGAAAUCCACCUGAUCCGGGAUUUGAUGGAUCCGACCAACCAGGGAGGAAUGUUGGACUUCCUGCUGACGGCACUGGAGUCGUGCUAUGAACACAUCCAGAGGAUCCGGCUCCAUCCAAAGGAAAACUCCCUCAGCUCCUGAUCCGUGGGGAAAAUCCAAAUUUUCCCGAGUUUUCUGGACAAAGCGGGAAUUUUACCCCUGGCUGCCUUUAAAGGGAAGAAUUCCUCCCCAGCCGAGGUUUUCCUGAUCCCAAAAACACUGGAAGGGCUGGAAUUUCCAUCUCUUAAGGUUUUUUUUUUUUUUUGAGUUUUAUCCCCUUUUCCUGCAAAUAAUUCCCAGGAAAAAUCUCCUUUUCCUGCUCAGGUUGGGGUUUUUCUUUUUUGCACUGGAGAAUUCCCAGAAAAAGAAGGAAUUUCUUUGGGAAAACCCAAUUUUUAAUGGGAUUUCUUGGACUGGGAAAGAAAGCUCAUGCGAAAACUCCGAAAAAUUCCUGGAAUGAGAGGAGAUUUUUCCCACCACUCCUUUUCCUACUUUUCCCAACUCAGGAUUUUUCCAAUUCCAUUUGGAAGCUGCUAUUCCCAAAUUUCCUGAUUUUCCCAUGCUCCAAGAUUUUGCUUUAUCCUUGGGAGACCUCAGGGGUGAUCCCACACCUUGGAAUUCUGGGGGGGGGCUUGGAAAAAACACGGAUUUCUCCCGGAUUUUGGGAAAUUCCGGGAAAACAACCAGAAAUGAUGGAAUAAAAACUCCAAUCCCAGCUGGAUUCGUGCCCUGCCAACCCCAGAGGUGCUUCGUGCUCCGAGCUGGAAUUUCCCUUUGGAAAAGGAAUAUUUGGGAUAUUCCCAAUGGAUAUUUGGGAUGCUGUUCCCAGUAUCCCAAAACAAUUUAAAAAGAGCCUUAAAAAAUCUUAUUUUUGACAGUUUUUAUCCCUUUUUUCAUUUUUUUCAUUUUUCCUGGGAUUUUUUUUUUUCUAAUCCAGGACACUAAAACUCCCCAAGCUUUUCCCAGCUGUUUUCCCCAAGUUUUCCUGAUUUUCUAAAUGAAGGAAAAGUGGAUCCUGGAUAUUUUUGGAAAUGGAAGAAUUGGAAAUCCAAAGCUUUCAAAAAAUGGGAUUUUCGUCAUUUUUCCCUUGGGAUUUCUUCAUUUUUCCCAGGAAUUUCUUCAUUUUUCCAAGGAAUGUUUUACCUUAUCCAGGUGACUCUGGGAAAACAAAAUCCCCCAGAUUUUUUCCUCCCAUUUUUCCCAAAUUUUAUCCUUUAAAAAAGAACACAUUAAUUACAAGAAUUAAUAUAUUAAUGAGAGAAUCCCAUGGGAAGAUUGCCAGGAAUUUUUAUUUAGAUAAAUUUAUGGGAAUUUUGAAGAAAUUCCAGGAUCCGAUUUUUCUUGUUUUCAGGAAUUUGGGGGUUUUCUAAACGAAGGGAAAGUGGAUCCUUGAUAUUUUUGGGAACAAAAACCUGGAAGUCCAAAGCUUUAAAUAAAUGGGAUUUUUUGUCACUUUUCCCUUGGGAUUUCUUCAUUUUUCCAAGGAAUUUUUUACCUUAUCCAGGUGACUCUGGGAAAACAAAACCCCCCAAGAUUUUUCCUCCCAUUUUCCCCAAAUUUUAUCCUUUAAUAAAGACCAGAUUAAUUACUGUAUUAACUAAUUAAGAAUUAAUAUAUUAACGAGAGGAUCUCACUGGAAGUUUGCCAGGAAUUUUUAUUUAAAUAAAACUCUUGGAAUUUUGAAGA